UGACAGCUGAGCGGUGGCGCGGCCGGCUGUGGGUGGAGUCACCCCGGGGCCUGGACGGGAAGGUGGCGGGGUCAGGUCUGUCAGGCAGCCUGGAUCAUGGUUGUGUGGGGCCUGGGGAGCCGUCUUGGCCUGCGUAGGUGCCUCGGCGCCGCCAGGCUUCUGCAUCCCCGUUUCCAGAGCCGCGGCCCUCAGGGCGUGGAAGACGGGGACAGGCCCCAGCCUUCCUCGAGGACACCCAGGAUCCCCAAGAUUUACACCAAAACAGGAGACAAAGGGUUUUCUAGCACCUUCACGGGAGAAAGGAGACCCAAAGAUGACGAGGUGUUUGAAGCCGUGGGAACUACAGAUGAAUUAAGCUCAGCUAUUGGGUUUGCUCUGGAAUUAGUCACAGAAAAGGGCCACACAUUUGCUGAAGAGCUUCGGAAAAUCCAGUGUUUGUUGCAGGACGUCGGCUCUGCCCUGGCGACACCCCGCUCCUCGGCCCGGGAGGCUCACUUAAAGUACACCACGUUUGAGGCGGGGCCCAUCCUGGAGCUGGAGCAGUGGAUCGACAAGUACACCAGCCAGCUCCCACCACUCACGGCCUUCAUCCUGCCGUCAGGAGGCAAGAUCAGCUCGGCGCUGCAUUUCUGCCGGGCGGUGUGCCGCAGAGCUGAGAGACGCGUGGUGCCUCUUGUCCAGAUGGGAGAGACCGAUGCCAACGUGGCCAAGUUCUUAAACAGACUCAGUGACUAUCUCUUCACGCUAGCCAGAUAUGCAGCCAUGAAGGAGGGCAAUCAAGAGAAAAUAUACAAGAAAAAUGACCCAUCGGCUGAGUCUGAGGCACUCUGAAAUCAAAAAUGGGGAGCUUGGAGGAUCCCUCCAUGGUGAUGGCCGUGGAGAAGGGAGCUUGCCCUCCGGGGUCCUGGCUCCUGAAGAGCUCACCCAGAGUGGCUGAGAGCAGCCUUGUGUCCCGGCUCAGCUUUGCCCCACACCUCCUGCCACCUUCCCUUUGGGGAUUCUGUCCCCGACUCUACUUCCCCAAGCUCUCCUGGGUCUUGGAGGGAAAUGGGAAUGAAUCGGCAUUGCAGGAAAGACAGGUAGUGCUGCAAUGAGAAGGAGCUGUGUGGAGGAAUAAAAGUGGGAAAGGCUGGAGCCGUGUGUGUGUGUGUGUGUGUGUGUGUGUGUGUGUGUGUGUGUGAGAGAGAGAGAGAGAGAGAGAGAGAUUGAGAGAGAGAGAGAGAGACACAGAGAGAGAGAGCCCUCCCACUGCCAGCUCAGGUUGUUCAUGGAUUUGGAAUGGGACCAGAGGCCCUUGAAAAUGUAAUUGUGAUUUACCUGUGCCAAA